UAGAGAUGUUUCACCAUUGAAGUUUGAAGGUUACAGUUUUUGGUUUACUAAUUUCUUGGAGUGUAUAUCAAGAGUUUUACAAAGAAGAAAGCAGCAGCGAUGGGGGCAGUCUCUAUCAACUUAGAAACCUAAUCAACAGGAGAAAUGUAUCUGGAGCAGAGCAGGUCACUAAAGAUUUCAGGUCACACAUGAACUUUGUGGUGGAUGCAAUGAGUGGAUAUGUGGUUGCAGCAUUUAUGAGCCUACACAGCAUGAAUGAUAUGGAUGACAAACCUGGCAGCUUUCCAUUAUUCUCCCUCAUGAAUGAAAAUCAGAAAACAGACUGGUUAUAUGAUCAAGCCGAUUUAGUAAUGGAUGUACUAGGAGUUAAAGAUACAGCAUAUAUAGAUGAGCUAAACGAAAACAUCAAGCAGUUAGAUAUAGACUGUAAUAAACUUUGUGAAAUGAAGAGUGCAACUGGUUUUCAGUGUGCAUUGUGUGACAAACACUAUGUAACAGAGGGCCACUUCAGGAAUCAUCUUAAAAAGAAGCAUCAAUGGCAGUUCCAUGAGAGUACUUUGACAAAAAGAUCCGACAGUGUUGUAUCAAGUUUUAUAAGGAUGGCUCUAUUGCUAGUCGACAGUUGUGAUGCCUACAGGAUGGGAGACGGUGAACGUUGUCUUCGGAAUGCUAAAUUUGAAUGGAUGUAUGCAGGUGCGCUUGGACAUACUAAAUAUAAGUUGUGGCUGUGGAGAUAUAUUGCCUACAUUGUUGCGAUACUCAGCCCAAAAGAAAGUUUCGAAUAUAAAUGGAACAUAUGCCAGAAUUUGAUGGGAGGAGUGGACCAAAAUAUACCGAAUGAUAACUGUGUGGAACUACAGAUCAAAAAGAUAAAAUCUCAGCUGAACACACAGGGUUCAAACAAGUCUUUCAAUUCUGCCAAGGUAGUUACAAUGUCCACACAAGUUAUUGAUAAUAUGAAACAAAAACUUAUGCAAGUAAACAAUACAGUGAGAGCUGGGAGGAAAAGACCACAGGUGGACAAAUCUGUGGAUAUCGGUCGAAUUGCAGAAUGUGUACUCAAAAAUGGACACGGUGUUGUAAAGGAUUGGCCAUCGUUCAGUAAAUUUAAAGACCCAAUAUCCAAGCUUGAUCCUAAAUCCUUGCAUCAGUGGAUGGGCACGCAGAAGAAAAUUGCUUCUAAAUCGCUGCAGUGAAAUGUUAACAUUGGUCCUUUUUCACCUAGACUCUCUUGUAUGUUUUGACUGAAUAUACAUGUCCAUAUGUUAUGUGUUACACACAAUAUCAAUAUUACAAAACUUAUUGCAUUGCAGUAUCUUAUUAUCAAUUAUGUGAUAUGAAUCAGAACUAUUUCAUUGAUACACAUAUCUGACUGUAUGAAUAUGUUGCAGUGAUUUUCAAAUUAACUUAUAAUUUAUAAGGAUUAAAAUCUCUAAUCCUUCGUAAAGUUGCAAUGUUUACUUUGACCAAUAAGUAUGACCUUGUCCUUUAUGCUAAAGAAA